UCGAAGCGGAUCCCGGCGUCCUGGUUGCGCUUUCUGUGGUUCAUGACCUGUCUCGGUAUCGCCUGCUUCUCUUUGAUCGCGGGACAAGCGUACGCCAGUCUCUACCUUUCAACCCUGCCCCAUACUUCGUUGGACGCCGGGACUUGGGUGUACUCAUGGGUCAUCACGGUCCAGCUGCUUGCCCAGGUCUCUUUCUUCAUCCUCGGCGCCAAAGUCCGCUCUCGAGCCCUCCUCUUCCUGUACAAGCUAUUCUUUCAGCUAGUAUACCACAUCUUCUACCGGAACCUGUUCGCACGCCUCCGCUCUCCCUCGCAGUUCGCCACCGUCCAGCUCCUCUCGUCGAUAUCGGUCGUCAUCAUCUUCCCGCUGCAAAUGAGCAGAUCAUGGCAUCGCUUACUGCAGAUCGUCGUGGGGUAUCCGCAGCCGUGGGAGGAUCAUGCAGACAACGUGGCGACGAGCUUUUACGUUCGGGGUUUGGCGCAGAAUGUGACGAUGGUCGGCUUCUUAGGAUGGCUCACUAUACUCCACUUUGGUCCUAAUCAACAUGUCUACCCUUUCUUCCGAUUCACCCCUUCACCAGACGACCCAUAUACCUUCCAGCUCACGUUCCUCGCUAGUUGUGCUAUCUGGGGGUCUGAGCUUCUCAGCUCUCUCCUAGCUCGCCUGAUUAUGAACCUCGCCUUCAAGGUGGAUGUCUCCCAGAUCGGGCUAGACGAGAUGCGGGAAUAUCCAGAACUUGUACCUGCCUGCGGUACGUUUCUCAGCUAUGUAGCAUGCCGAGCGCUUGAGCUGAUAUCGUAG